UGAAGCUCCGAACAUAUGCGAAUCGAUUACAGUCGCUGACUUAGAAAGACUAGCCGUUCCGACUUUUGUAGAGAGCUUAUGGUUGGGAGUGCAACAAUGCUUCCACCGCACCGCAACGACCGGCAGUUGAUGAGGUCGCGGAUGUGGCGAUGUUCAGACAGAAGUACAUUGCAUGCAGGUACCUCAUCGUCCGGGCAAGUUGAUAUCCCCGGAGUGCUUGGAGAUAUUUAUUCCGGGUCACGUGAGCACGCAACUUUUGGCGAAGCGGGGUACUUCCGCCGGCUUGACGUCGCGUCCGAACGCGACUCCUACGAAGUUUGACUGCCGACACUGACCAUCUCCCUCAACACAUACGCUUGCUCUCAAGAUGCAGCUGGUAGGUACAAGUCGCCGAGAUGACUGCUGCGGGGUACCGGAAUGGCACACCUUUUCUCAGCGUGCCGCACACGCAGAAUACCGCUCCAGUGUUGGAGUAUCGAUGUAUGUACACGCAAGAGGUCAGACGCAAGCACAAGCGAUACAAAGAUGGUUUCUUACGCUACCACACCUUCAACAAGCGCGUCAUGGUGUAUGACGAUAAGCAUAACUUUCUUGGCGAUAGCCAUUGGACAGCGAACGCAGCGCUGCAGGAGGGCGACGAGGUCAACCUGGAAAGAGAUGGAGCCAUUGUCGAAGUUGGAGAGCUUAUGCACAUGAGUGAAACUGACCUCUCUGACCUUAUAAAGAGCAAAAGGAAGGGUAAUAGCGACCCUGCCUCGUCUCCAACGCCGCGAACUCCGUUUGCGAAGACAAUCAUUGAGACAGCGGCAAGAUCGUCCGUUCAGGCCAAACAUCGCUCUCUCAAUGCGCUGCUCGGUGGCACAAGUGGGACAACGGGUAAGGCAGCUCUGCCUGUGAAGUCUCCAUACGAGCUCCAUCAAGCGGCUGCAGGCAGCGAGCCUUGGGAAGACGGCAGGUCAGCCAAGCGGCAGCGAACAGGUGCGGCACACGGUGGUAGCAUUGCUUGCACCAAAAAGCUAUCAAAGGAGGAGCCACCAUGGGCGCGGACAUCGGACGCUGCAAAGCAGAGAACGAAGGCACCCCUUCAAGAAGGACAACAAAGGAUGAAGACGCACGGGACUGUUGACGUUCAUAAUGACGAGCCUACUUCGGUAGGGUUCCUCCCAGGGUUCCCAAGCGAUGCGCUCGCACCGCUCACCUCAUCGCCGAAGCGACCGACUCCGAACAAGCAGCCCAUACCAGUGCGUUCGAGCUCGCCGGCCUUCCAAACGCAGAGACUGUCGCCUAAGUACAGUGUCAAUCCGGGAGACGCUCAUGCCCGAAAGGCGACGUCUCUUGUCGAGAAUAGGUGUGUUGCAGACGAUCGCCAUAAGCAGCCAAAGGAUCUCUCAAACCAACGCCUUGGAGCAGGAAAAGAUCUCGUAAGAGCGCAUCGUGACCCUAAAUGUACAACACCGCCAGUGGCAAGUAAUGUGGGUGAAAGUACAAACCCUGCGACGGUGCAGAUAGCGACCGGUCUGCCCAAGAAGAGACAGCUUUUGUGCCAGGCUCAACUGAAUGCAUACGACAGCCAAGCACCAUCCGCCAAGCUGGGCGAAGAUCGUGGCCGGCUGGUAAACGCCGGAAGGACUGCUGUACCAGAGAAGAGCAAGGUGCCAAAGACACAGCGCGAGCUGCUCAAAGAGCGCCUGGCCAAGCUCGACGGCAGAAAGCUACAGCCGACUUUGGAUGACGCAGAUGCUGAUAUCGAAGGUGUCCGGCGACAGAAUGCAGCUCAAUCCGCGAAAGAAGUUCAUCAUGAUGCUGCGGAUGGUGUAACUUGCCCAGAAAAGCCCAACCAGCCAGAAGCUCGCAAGACCAGCCUAGCGGAGCUCGACCAGACGCGUUUGCAUGUUAGCCCAGGCAAGGCUGAUGAUGGUCGCUGCGUCACCAUCGCACCUCCAGCGAGAAACGAUGUAGCCAGCCUGCCGGCCAGGGAUGAUGGUGUGUUCCAGCGAGCACAGUCGGACAAUAUCACCAUGAGCAAGCCGUGGCGGACAUCUGCUGCACCUAUGAGGUUAACCCUUUCUCCAUCGAAGCGUGCUGCACAAGCUGGGACUAUCUCAGAGAUUGCGCCAGUAGCUACACCUCGUCCACUUGCACUCGUCAAAGCAUCAAAGAAGCCUCUACAUCGGACCGUCAGUCUCAAGACGAUGCCGGAAGGGUCGACGGCUGUACUGCUUAGUCGACCAUUCCAAGCGCCUAUACGAGCCGGCGAGUCAGGUGGCGAGAUGCAGGCGGCUGUAGCUGUCAAACCAGAUCCAUGGAGCCGCGAGGCAUUUGACCUCUUCACAUGGCGGCCGCCGAACUGGGACGAAGAGCGAUGGUGCUUCAAGGACAGUCCAGAUACUGCUGUGGUGACUGCGCAAAAGAUCAAUGAGGCAUGA